AUGAAGGCCACUGAAUACGCUGUGGCCUUUGCUGACUGGACCCUAUACUCACCUCCUUCUAAGGCAGAGCUGCCUCCCUUGAUGAUGGGCUGCACAAAGCCAAAAACACAGACUGUAUUUUAAGGGGUGAGAGACAAAAGGCAUGAUGCUCUCCUGCAAAAAACAAGGCUGAAGCCCUCUGAACGUGCCAGGAAGGAGCCCUCCACUGACCCAUUGGAUGAUGAGGUUAGUCGACCUUAAGCUGGGCCUAGCCGUUUUGUCCCGUCAUCUCUCAACAAACCCGCUGACUGGCAACCCUCUGCUCCCUCAACCAAACAGGACAUAUUGGAUCUAUAUGAUUGCAUCCGAAAAUUAUUAGAUGCAGACAUUGCUCUGUUGAAGGAAGAAGUAUGGGCCAUCAGUGAGUGGGUGCGAGUCGCGGAGGAAGACGUGUCAGACCUCAAACGAGGCCUCUCCUCACUGGAGGAGACAGUGCAUAAUUUACAAUCCUCGAACACUAACACCAACCUCAGAGUGGACUCCUGCGAGGAUAGAGAUAGGAGGAAAAACUUGAAAAUAAGAGGGGUGUCGGAUACAGUAGCAUCGGAGGAGCUACCCCAUCUUAAUAGCAGAUUACUAGCCUCAGAAUUGCCUACAAAAAUGGCUAAAUGGAUUGUGUUGGAUGGUGUCUACCGAAUAGCUAAGUCACCAAGAGCACUCACUGUCUCCCCAAGAGACAUAAUGGUCCGAUUUCAAUCCUGUGCAGAUAAACAAAAGCUCCUGAAUGCAAUAAGGGACAAAGCACCUGUACACUUUGAAACACACCACCUGACCUUCUAUCAAGAUCUCACUCGCUCUACCCUGCAAUGGAGACAAGCCAUGCGACCCAUCAACCGGAGGUUGAGAACAUAUCGUUGGUCCACUCCAAGGGCUUUAAUAGCAUAUGCAGAGGACAAGACCUACAGAGCUGUGGCACCCAAAGAGGCUACAACAUUCCUGGCAUCCCUUGGUGUGACUGAUACACCACCAGAGAACCAGAAGCCCCAAUCUGGCCACUCAUGGGACGUCUCGAAUAUAACACCUUUUGUUCCUGCCAGGGGACAGAACUAUGUGACUAUUUAA